GGUGUAGCAGAGGCUGUACAGGAGGUGUAGCAGAAGCUGCACAGGGUGAUACACAGUAGUGUUUAGUGUGAGAUUGCUGUUGCUCGGUGACAGUGUUGUGUGUACAGGAGACAAUAGAGGGACGGUUACUGUAUGAGAAGGAGAAGGAGUGUCGGAUAUACAGCCUGCAGUUCGGGGUCUUGGAUUUCCCUGUGAGUCACGUUACACCUGACAGAUGGCAUCUAGGAGUGCCGGCACCCUGGUCACUGAGAACAAUGCCACCUACAUCCCACCCGCCCUCAUGCCGGGGUACCGCGGCUACGUCCCAUCGCAAGCCUUCACUUACGGCGACACCUAUGGCAACACCACAGCGCGCUGCUUCCAGGAUUUCCGCUCAGCCGCUCUGAACUCCAGCCGCAGCCCGUACUGUGCAGGAGGACAGUUCCCCACCAGCUACUCCAAUGACCCUGCCUUGGUGUUGAGCAGCCGGUCCCGGGGUUGGGACAGGUUUCUGUACAGUCCUAACUGGUCCCGGUACAAUGUGGAUUACAGCCGGGCACAAGAGCUCAACCAGUUUAGAAAGAGCACUCAGCAACAGCGCGAUCACUACCGGGACAAAACCGGAACCGUGCCCCAGGUGCCGCACUUCAUCUUACCUGUGAGGAAUGAGGACACGUACCCACUACCCCAGCAAUGGCUUUGACCCUGUAACUACACGAUCAACACUCAAUGCAUGGAUGGGAGACAGUAUGAGAGCAGCUCUGUGCAUUGGAAUUGCGGAGUCAAUAACAAUACUGAAAUACUGUAGAUACUGUGGAAAAGGACAUCAUCUACCAAUUUAGGACUAUUGUUCUUUGUGCCUAUAUACAGGGGCCAUUCUGUGUCCCACACUCAGCCUGCGAUUAAAUAUCUCACAUGUAUCCAGGAACCAUUUCACCUUUAUUCAGAUUGACAAACAAAUGUGUCAAUUUCUAACUCCUAAGCUAUGUGGAAGCCAAGCAAUGUCCUUAUGUUUAUUAUUUUCCAGAAAGGAGAUAUACACUGUAUAUACUCUGGAGAGUAGACUGGAGGGGGCUACAUGGGGCUGGGAGCAGAUUGCACUGUAUACUGUGUAUGUACAAUAUAGGCCAUUGCUUAAUAAUGUAAGAAAACGUGUUAACAUAUAUUAAAGAGAUUUAUUCAAA